AUGAUGUUAUUUGUUGGUUUUUUAUUUAUCUCACUAGUUGUACUUAAUAAAGCUGAUGAAAAUGGGACGGUUUUACCAACUGAAAAUGUAAAUUGUACUGUUAAACAUGGAACUUAUUUAUUGAAGGAAGGUGAAAAAAUAAUAAUUCGUGGAAAAUUUUAUAAAGUUGAAGACUGUCAUCUUCAACGAGCUUAUCAAGUUUGUGGUCCCGAUUUGUGGUAUAUAAUCAAUAUUGUUUGUGAAGCUAUAGAUCUAAAUAAAGAAAAAGCCAAACGUGACAACCGUAUUCGCAAAUUUGUACAACAAAAAUUACUUACUGAAGCUUGUUGUGAAAGCUCUUGUACUGUUGUUGAAAUGUCACGUUAUUGUCCCUCGUAAGACAAAAAUAUUUGUAUUUGUGUUAACAAAAUUUUUGCUCUUAUGUUAUUAAAAUAACUUAAACAAGCAAGCAAAUUCAAGAAAAGAAAUUUAAUUUACUUUUUUUGUAUUAUUGUAUAUUGGUAAAAUCUUGAGAUUGAACUUGAAUAGUGUGUGUGCCAGUGUUAAAAAAAGACUUACAGAAUUUCAUAAUUAAUAAUAAAAAUUCUGUCGAUCAGUCGAAAUCAAAACAUUAAUGAUUAUUGUUCGAUUCAUAGCAAGAUAUCAGAAAAAAUAACAGUCAAUUAUUUGAAAUGAUAUCUUCAUACUUCAAUCAAAGGAAAGAAAGAUCUAUUGAGAUUAUUGAAUUCCAAGUCGUAUUCUUCAAUGUAGAAAGAAGAUAGUGUCUUUCUCCAUAUUACAAAUAUUAUAUUACUUUUAUACUGCUUAAUCAAGAAUGUCACAUCUUCCAAUUUUUGAAUUUUCUUUGAUUUUCUUCUGACGGUCUCAUCUUUACUCGUCUUUCUAGUUUUUCAAUGCUUGCUGGAAAUAUAGUAAUUGCUCAUUACUGUUUGUAAACAACGUGUAUAUAUAGUUUACCAUCCUUGCGCCUGCCAAUAUAUUUGUCAGCUAUCGACUUUGCUCAUCACAGAAGGUGACCAACUGUCGAAGAAUUUUUCAUUGACAAUCUCAAAGAUCUAAUGUGUCACAAUGCUCUGAUAUUACCUCAAUAUCAGAUACAUAGUAUCCUGAAAUACUUAAGUCUUUUUUCAAUAGCUCUGAAGCAGUAGAUUUUUUCAAAUGCACAUUUUAUUAAGAAGAGUUAUAUUACAUCUUUUUUUCGGAAAAUCUAUCGAAUUUUCGACACAUUGACCAUUUUUCUACCUCAGAUACUACUUGAUGACGGUUUCACGAACACCUAACCAGCAAAUAAACUAAAAAUUUUUCUUCGUUUAAAAGCCAGUAGAAAGAGGAUUUUAAAAAUGUUUCUAAUACACUCUGUACGAUAAUUCUCCAGUGAGUUGUUGAUAGCAAUAAAGCUAUGACAGAAUUUCAUUAAGAAAUCUUGAUAACAAUGGUAUACUAUUAUCAAUUAUAUGUCGAAAAUGAAUAUCGUAUGUGUUGUAAAGUGGACUUACGGGAGUCCUUCAUUGUAAUUCUUACAAGAAAAUAUAUUCGAAAUUGAAUUGCUUUUAAGCUUCACCCAUACUGACUUGACUCUACGUUUAUAUUGUUUUUAUCCGUUUUUAAUUAUGAAAUAUCUUUUUGUAACAGUGUGGAUUAAAUGAACAGAAAUAAAAUGAAGUACAUUAUAUUAAUAGAAGAAUUAAGCAGGCAUCUUAACAUAAUAAACUCGCUUUCAAGUUUCUAACAAAAAACGUUCUGAUCUUUAAUUUUUCGAUCUGACAACCGUGUGUUUAAUGUCGAUAAUUAUUCAAGAUAUUGAAAUAAUUGUAGUAAAAAUAAAAUUGCCACGAUAUGCCGAAAAUUUUCAAUAGAAUCUGAUUUAAGUAUUCUUUUAUCUAUUUCGACCAUUGUUUUUCUGAACAGAUGUCAGCAAUUGAUAAAGUGAAACAAGACUAUGUGCCAACCCGGUUAGACAACAGCACAUCUUAACCUUAAUCUUUUAAAAUGUACACUUUUUAGAUCGAACAAUGUAAUUAUUAUUUUUGUAAAAAGCAAGUUUGUAGCCAUCAUUGUCUUCAGACUUACUUUCUUUUUCAAAAAAUUUUGUUUCUGAAAAUGUAAAAAAAAAGUGAUUUAAUCUAUAAAUAAGUUUUAUUACAAAAAUAGGAUAUGCCAAAAGAUGUAGCAUAAAAACUCUCUAUAAUCUAUAAAGUAAAACUUAUUUUAAUUCUGUACGUUUUGUUUUCAAAAAAAGCUAAAUUCUGUGCGAUCAAUUUUCAACGCUGCGAACAUAAUCAUUUUUUGAUAAGAAGAAUACCCCGCCUUUCGGCUACCUUGCGGUAUAGGGUGCUGUCCGAGGACAGUUUCGAGAAGCCCGAUAUUUUCCUACAUCUAUUACUAAAUGUAGCUCUGGACAGAAGGCC